AUGGAACUCUUUUCGGAGUUCAUUGGGGAUCUUAAUCUGAUAGACUUGCCUCUGGAGGGAGGGAGAUAUACUUGGUCUAGCGAGUCAGAUCAACCUUCGAUGUCUAGGAUAGACAGAGUUUUGGUGUCUCAUGAUUGGGAGGAGCAUUUUCCGGAUGUGACCCAACGGAUUUUACCUCGCCCUGUUUCAGACCAUUUCCCAAUUCUAGUGGAGGUAGGGGGAAUGGCGAGGGGUAAAAGUCCGUUUAGGUUUGAGAAUAUGUGGCUAAAGACGGAUGGGUUUACUGAUAGAGUUCAUUCUUGGUGGAAUCGACAUUCUUUCUCUGCUACUCCUAGUUUUGUGUUUGCCAAAAAGCUGAAGGCUUUGAAAGAAGAUAUCGUUCAGUGGAAUCGUUUGGAGUUUGGUCAUGUUGGGCGCAAAAAGUCACAAUUAUUAGAGGCUUUGAAAUCCUUUGAUGCCAAGGAAGGGGAAUUUGGCCUUUCUGAUGCUGAGUCUUGUGAGAGAGAUGUGGUGAGAACUGAAGUAAAGAAUCUUCUCUCUUUGGAAGAAAUCUCAUGGAGACAGAAAUCAAGGAUGUUAUGGAUUAAGGAAGGAGAUAAUAAUACUAAAUUUUUCCAUAGGAUGGCUAAUUCCCGUAGAAGGUUUAAUAAUCUGAGUAUUUUGGAGGUGGAUGGGGUGAUUUAUGAGGAGGAAUCCGAGGAAUCAGAGGAAUGGAGGCCUUUUGUGGAAGGUUUGGAGUUUGAUCAGAUAGAUGGGUCGGAGAGGGGUUGGCUUGAAGGAGGUCCAGACGGUUUCUUUAUGGCCUUUUUCCACCAUUGUUGGAGAGUGGUGGAAAGGGAUGUCCUAGCAGUUUUUAAGGAGUUCUAUCAACAUAGUAAGUUUGAGAAAUCUUUAAAUGCUACCUUUAUAGCUCUAAUUCCUAAGAAGAAUGAUGCUUCCAAUAUUCGAGAUUUCAAGCCUAUUAGCUUGGUGGGGAGCUUGUACAAGAUCUUGUCUAAGGUUUUGGCGAACCGUUUGAAACUGGUCUUAGAUCAAUUGAUUUCUGAGUCUCAGAAUAGUUUUGUGGGAGGAAGACAGAUUCUUGACUCAGUUCUUAUUGCCAAUGAGUGUGUUGAUAGUCGAGUGAAGAGUAAGAUCUCGGGGGUUAUUUGUAAGCUAGACAUUGAGAAAGCUUACGAUCACGUGAAUUGGGAGGCUCUUCUAAAUCUUUUGAAGAGAAUGGGCUUCGGGGAGAAGUGGUGUAGAUGGAUUCGCACUUGUAUCUCAACGGUCCAGUUUUCUAUUUUGAUUAAUGGGGCUCCAGCUGAUUUUUUUGGGAGCACGAGGAGUCUAAGACAAGGGGAUCCGCUAUCUCCAAUGUUGUUUUUAGUCAUGAUGGAGGUCUUAAGUAGGAUGUUGAAAAGAGUUGAAGGUGCUGGCUUGAUCAGGGGUUUCAAGGCUGAUGGAAGACGGGGUGAAGGGGAAUGUGUCUCGCAUCUUCUAUUUGCGGAUGAUACUAUUUUGUUCUGUGAUGUGGAAGUGGAGCAGAUCCUUCAUGUGCGGAUGCUUCUCCUUUGUUUUCAGGUUGUGACAGGUUUGAAGGUUAAUGUCCUGAAGAGUGAGAUGGUUCCAAUAGGGGAGGUUAAUAAUAUUCAUGCCUUGGCAGAGAUUCUGGGUUGUCGGAUUGGGUCCUUGCCUAUGACCUAUCUUGGUAUGCCGUUGGGGGCUUCCCAUAAGUCCCCUUCUAUUUGGAAUCCUAUCUUGGAGAAGAUUAAUCAGAGGUUGGCCGGGUGGAAGAAGUUGUAUUUGUCAAAAGGUGGAAGAUUGACGCUGCUCAAGAGUACGCUUUCCAGCCUUCCUACUUACUAUUUAUCUCUUUUCACCAUCCCGUCGCAUGUGGCUAAUAAAAUUGAGAAGAUUCAGAGGGACUUCCUGUGGGGGGAGUCGAAGGUUCAUUUGGUGGGGUGGGAUAAGGUGUGUGCUCCUAAGGCAAAUGGUGGCUUGGGUAUUAGGAAAUUAACUUCCUUUAAUAAAGCCUUACUAGGAAAGUGGUUAUGGCGGUUUGGGGUUGAGGAGACUCGUCUUUGGAGGAGGGUUGUAGCUUUGAAGUUUGGGGAAGAGUGGGGGGGUUGGUCUUCCAAGCUGGGUAGGGGUGUUCAUGGGUGUGGUUUAUGGAGAAGCAUCCAAAAAGGUUGGGAGGUUUUUAGCAAGUUUAUCCGGUUUGAGGUAGGGGUGGGGGAUAGAGUGAAGUUUUGGAUAGAUCAGUGGUGUGGGGACUCACCAUUCCAUCUAUCCUUUCCGGUAGUGUAUGGGAUUGCUACUAAUAGAGAGGCUUAUGUGGCCUCGUCUCUCGAAAGAUUGGAGACCGAGGCUUGGAGAAGCUGGAAGGUUCUUUUACUUAGGGAUCCUAAUGAUUGGGAGAUGGGAGAUGUGGAUGAAUUUCUUCAUACCUUGGGUUCUUAUUUACCUCAUUCUGAGCAAGGAGACCUCAUGAUUUGGAAAUUGUCGAAGAAGGGGGAUUUCGACAUUCGCUCAUUUUAUGACAAGCUUCGAAGUCCCUUGCCUUUUACUUUUCCUUGGAAAGGUAUUUGGAAGGUUAAGGCCCCUACACACGUCUCUUUCUUUGUUUGGACUGCAGCUUGGGAGAAGAUUCUUACAGGGGACAUUUUGCGGUGUAGAGGCUUUGAUCUGUUCAAGAAGAAUGGAAAAUUUGAGAAGGGAAAAUUCCCAAGUUUCGAAAAGGAGAAAAAGGACUUCAAGAGGAAAGAUGGGAAGGAGUCUCAAUCCUCUCAAGGAAUCACGUGCUUUGAAUGCAACAGACAUGGACAUCUUAAGAAAGAGUGUUCCAAUUAUUUGAGAGGGAAGGGCAAGGUGUAUGCCACUACUCUUAGUGAUUCAUACUCUUCUAAUUCAGAUUCAGAUGAAAGCUAUGAUGGAGAUGGAAAUUUCUCUGCAUUCAUGACCAUUGCUCCUGUGGAAUCUUCAGAUGAUUUGAGUGUGCUAGUGGAAGAGCUUGGUGAAUAG